GCCGUUUUGGCUCACAGGCCCCCUCUGCCCCGCCGGGGGAAGGGCGCUCGCAGCCGCGGGCAUGCCAGAGGCGAGCCGGGACGACGCGCAGCUGGUGAGGAGGAUCUUGCGGACAAGAGACUACUACGACGUUCUGCAGGUGCCAAGGGAUUCCAGCGAGCAGGAGAUCAGGAGAGCGUACAAGCGGCUGUCGCUGAAGGUCCACCCCGACAAGAACCAGGCGCCCGGAGCCGACGAGGCCUUCAAGAAGGUCUCGCAGGCGGUGGCGUGCUUGACGGACGAGGCGAAGAGGCAGACGUACGACGCGUACGGGGACGAGGACCCGCCACCGCAGAGAGCGUACCCCCACCGGCGCCAGCACGGCGACGUGCACGGGUUCACCGUGCGGGGCGGCACGAGGGGCCACCGUAGGAGAGAUGAGGACGACCUCAUCUUCUCGAUCGACAGCAUCACACUGCUGCAGUGCGUGGGGAGGAUGUCGCAGGCCCUGCCCGUCAUCGUCGUCCUCGGGGCGAUGCUGUUCGCCGGCGGCGGCGGCAACCGCAGCGGCCUGAAGUUCUCCCUCACCGAGACGGGCGUGUUCCGGAACGCGCGGACGACGCCCGAGCUUGAGAUCGAGUACUGGGUCGCCGACGAGUUCGAGCGCCACUUGGAGAGGAUGGCCCAGGACCCCCGGCGAGACCGGCAGACCCGCCGGGAGCUGGCCAGCUUCGAGAGACAGGUCGAGCACUACUACGUGCGGUCCAUUAGAAGCGAGUGCGACGCUCAGGAUGCCACCAGGCGCAAGAAGAUACUCAAGGUCAAGUACGCUCGGGGUGACGCCGAGGAGCUCGAGCGGGCCAAAGGCCACCCCAGGCCCGCGUGCGCGACCUUCGAGAGGCUGCACCGCGAGCACCCCGGCGUGCUCCGCCAGGCCGGCUACGCGCGGUAGCCUGUGGAGCCUGCGCGCAACCUGCUUGGCUUCGCGCUCGGCUCCUGCCGAGGACGGGCUGGCAAUCCUCGCCCUCCCUCCCUCCUCCAAGAGCCCCCUUUGGCCUGAUGGACAAGGUGUCGGACCUCUAGAAGUAUGCAAAGACUGAGGGCGGGGCGCCGCGCCUGACUCGCCGCCGACCCAUGCUCCUCCAGGUGGACCCCGGUCGGACGGACAGCAGCCCCAAUUGUCUACCGAAUCCACGAAUACGAACCGCGCGGCUGCAGCCACCCGACUGUUUGAGGCAGCGGUGCCGACCAGCUGAUGGCAGUGUCGUCUCCUCCUCCCUCCUAUUGGGUGUAUCUUCGUUCCUCGUUGUCCUCGCCGCCUUCCUCCUCGCCCCCUCCGCGCGCUCCUCGCCUGGCGGGCGGCACGAGGCCCAGCACCCCCCCCGAGAGCCGACGGCGCUCGGAGGGCCUUCCUCCGCCGGCCGCCGUCCUGGCCGCCGCGCCCCUCCCCGUGCGGCCUCGGCGGCGA